AUGGCGAAGAGAGGAGACAAGAGGGAAGAAAGCGUGGCAGUGGCUAUCGACAAGGACAAGGCAAGCCAGUAUGCCUUGAAAUGGGCAGUGGAUCAUCUUCUUGGCAAGGGGCAAGUCUUGACACUCCUCCAUAUCAAGACGAAAGCAUCCUCCAUAACCGUAUCAGGUAUUAUGAUCUCCCUCCAUUUAGGAAGCAAUGGGGCAAAUGGAGAUACGAGUGAUGUGUAUAAGGCGCAACUGGAAAGCCAAGCUAGGGAACUAUUCCUCCCAUUCCGUUGCUUUUGCACGAGAAAAGAAAUCCAAUGCAAUGAGGUAAUUAUUGAAGAUUCAGACAUAACGAAGGGAAUAAUCGACUAUAUUAACACCAAUGCCAUCGAUACUAUCGUACUCGGAGCACCGACCAAAAGUGGCCUUUUCAGAUUCAAGAGCACAGAUGUUCCGGGCAGCGUGUGCAAAGGAGCCCCGGAGUUCUGUACAGUGUAUAUCAUAUCAAAGGGUAAAAUAUCAGCCGUAAGAUCUGCAUCCUCGACCCCACCGAAGAAGCCUCUGCCCCUCAACCCACCACUUCCAAUCUAUCAAAACAGCACCUCAGCUACCGCCGGCUCGGUUGCCCCCGUGCCAGCAUACCAAAAUGAAGUGCGUCCGGGACAGAACCAUAUCCCACGAGGUAGCGUAGAAAGGAAUCCACUCGCACCUCGCAAUAUGCCCGAUGAAAAUGAAAUCAAGUCACCCUUCACAAGACCGGGAGCAGCGAUGAACAGAUCAUACGAGAGGACUAACCUCGACAGUGACAUAUCGUUUGUAAGCGGUGGGAGGCCGAGUACGGACAGGAGCUUCCAGUCUCUGUUCGAUGGAAUGGAGCCAGCGAGGCUCUCAGGCUGCUCUGACUAUGACAACAGAAGCUUUGGCGGCAUUUCCUCUUUCUCAUCCCAGGGGAAGCAGUCCUUCGACAUUUCCUCUCAGCAGCUCGACUUCGGCUCAUCAUCGUCGCUUGAGGAUAGCGGCAGACUAUCGAUCUCAUCACAGACCAUGGAAGAUGUGGAGGCAGAGAUGAGGAGGCUCAGGCUUGAGCUCAAACAGACAAUUGAUAUGUACAGCACAGCUUGUAAGGAAGCACUCACAGCAAAAGAAAAGGCAAAUCAGCUUCAUCAAUGGAAAAUGCGAGAGGAACAAAGACUCGAAGAGGCCCGGAUGGCCGAAGAGGCAGCAUUAGAGCUCGCUGAGCGGGAGAAAGCCAAGUGCAAGGCUGCACUGGAGGCGGCUGAGGUUGCCCAGAGGAUUGCCGAGCGGGAAGCGCAGAAGAGGAUCAACGCUGAAAAGAAGGCGGUCAAGGAGGCCGAGGAAAGGAAGAAGAUCAUGAGCUCCCUCGGUCAGGACCGCCGGUACAGGAAGUACACAAUCGAGGAGAUUGAGACGGCCACUGACAACUUUGCAGCUGCCCGAAAGAUAGGUGAAGGAGGCUACGGGCCGGUUUACAAGUGCUAUUUGGAUCACACUGCAGUGGCCAUCAAGGUCCUGAGGCCGGAUGCAGCUCAAGGGCGUUCACAGUUUCAACAAGAGGUUGAGGUGUUGAGCUGCAUACGGCACCCGAACAUGGUACUGCUGUUGGGAGCCUGCCCAGAGUAUGGGUGCCUGGUCUACGAGUACAUGGCAAAUGGGAGCCUGGAAGACCGCCUCUUCCGGAGGGGGAAUAGCCCUGUCCUCCCCUGGCAGAUCAGGUUCCGAAUUGCUGCCGAGAUUGGGACAGGACUCCUGUUCCUCCACCAGACCAAGCCGGAGCCACUAGUGCACCGCGACUUGAAGCCCGGCAAUAUCCUCCUUGACCGGAAUUUCGUGAGCAAGAUCAGCGACGUGGGCCUGGCAAGGCUAGUCCCGCCAUCGGUCGCCAACUCAGUGACACAGUACCGCAUGACCUCGACUGCAGGAACGUUCUGCUACAUCGACCCCGAGUAUCAGCAGACGGGAAUGCUAGGAAUAAAGUCGGACAUCUACUCCCUUGGGAUCAUGCUCCUCCAGAUAAUAACCGCCAAGCCUCCAAUGGGCCUGACCCACCUUGUGGAAGAAGCCAUCGAGAGGGGGACUUUCGCGAAAGCUCUAGACCCCUCCGUCACUGACUGGCCCGUCGAGGAGACCAUGAGUUACGCGAAGGUCGCCCUCAAGUGCGCAGAACUGAGGAGGAGGGACCGGCCCGACCUCGGGACUGUGGUGCUGCCGGAGCUUAACCGAUUGAGAGCACUCGCUGAGAGUUCAAUGCCCAGUUUCCCACAACACAGCGGUGGAACUUCUUCACCCUCUACAUCCAGCAGUGGUCCAGCUUCAAGUUCCAGUAUGCAGGUGAUGACUAUAUACGAAAUAUAUUUUUUAAAGUUAAAAUCAUCACGAGCAUAA